AAUUAUGACCAAAUAAUUUCUCUACAUAUAUGAUCACAUAUGUGUAUAAUACAUUUUGUAUUCACUGUGUGUAAAUUUUUCCAAAAUGGUAAUAUCAUAAUAUGGCAGGUUAAACUGUUUUUCUGAAAAUACCAGGGGCGUAAUCAGGCAGAGGACAGUAAAAGUGUUUGUGGAACUAGGAAAAGGGCACAGAUUAUGCUUGUGUAACUUGUACGAUGAUGUACAGGGCAGGGGAAAUUUUAUUUAUUUUUAUUCAGAAACAAGAGUUGCUCAAUAGUUUUUGGUUUUAAACGAUUUAAUUUAUUUUUUUUUGACACAAGCUCUCCGACCUUGGAGAUAUAAACUCUAUCCAAACUCUCAACUGACCGCAGCUCUCCUACAAACAGUCACAUUUUGAAUGGAGCCUGAAAGGUCUAUAUAGCUGCAAUAGCUCACGGCAAAAUCUGAACCACUUCUCGAAGCAAUCCCAUGGUACAACCGGGCAGCGAGGCUUUGGACGUCAUUAUUUUUGGCUCCUCCUCCAAAUGAAGCAAGCCUUGUUACGAGCUUCAUGGAAACACCCCCUUCAUUACUCGACACACACUUUGAAGCCUUGGCACAUCUCGUAACAUCACUACCCCAACCCAAUGGAGCCAGCUGAUGGUUGUAAUGCAACAAUAUACAAUCUAAAGCAGACAACGUGCUCUCGAUCAAUUCUGGCCUUUCUCAUUCGCCCAACCAGAGGAACUGAUCACUACGCUGACCAGGCGACCCACACAUCUACCAUGAUGGCCACUGUGAGCUGUACUCUCUCUGAGGAGCAGUUCCUGUGCUCCAUCUGUCUGGAGGUCUUCACUGAUCCAGUCACCACACCGUGUGGACACAGCUUCUGCAAAGUCUGCAUCAACAAACACUGGGACAGCAGUCACCGAUACAAAUGUCCAAUCUGUCAACAGGACUUCAACUCAAGACCUCAGAUGAAAGUCAACACUUUUAUUGCAGAGAUGGUUUCUCAGUUCAGAAAUAAGCCUGAAGAUAAAGAAAUUGUGAGCUCCCAACCCUGGUCCACUGCUCCUGGAGAAGUGGGCUGUGACGUGUGUCCAGAGCCCAGGCUCAAAGCCCUGAAGUCCUGCCUGGUGUGUCUGGCCUCGUACUGUCAGAUCCACCUGCAGCCCCACCUCACAAACCCCCGUCUGAAGAGGCACCAGCUGAUCCAACCUCUGCCCAACCUGGAGGAGCGCAUCUGCCCUGAGCACGACCGACCUCUGGAGCUCUUCUGUAGGGAAAACUCACACUUCAUAUGUCUGCUUUGCAUGUCUGAAGACCACAAAGACCAUCAGACAGUCCCCCUGAAGGAGGAGGGUGAGGAGCACCAGGCCACGCUGAAGAAUCAGAUUAAAGAAAGACGUCAGAAAAUCGAGGAGAUCCGGCGCUCAGUGGAGUUCAGUCAGAGAAAAGCAGACACAGAAAUACAAGAAGGUCUCAGAGUCUACAACGCUUUGAUGGAGUGUGUUCAACAAAGUCUGGACAAGUUCAAACAGGACAUUGUAGAGAAGCACAAGAAGAACGAGGAGGAGGCAGCUCAGCUGAUAGAGCAGAUCCAGACAGAGAUCUCUGCACUGGAGAAGAGAGGAGCUGAGAUGGAGCAGCUCUGGAGCUCUGGAGACCACCUGCACUUUGUACAAACCUUCACUUCAGUCAAACCUGCUCCACAGCUCAAUGACUGGACCGAGGAGACUGUGAGGGUCCCAUCGUACAAGGGGAGAGCGGGCCAGGCUGUGUCUGAGCUGAAGAAGACACUUAAUACAGAGAUGGAGAAGUUCUUUAAGGCUGAAUUAGAAAAAGCACAAGAGUUUGCAGUGGAGGUGUCUCUAGACCCAGACACAGCACAGCCAAAAUUAGUUUUGUCUAAAGAUCUCAAACAGGUUCAUUUCAGAGACCAGAGACAGACUCUUCCAGAUAAUCCUGAGAGAUUUUCUUGUUGGUUUUGUGUUUUAGGAAAACAAACGUUUUCGUCAGGAAAGUUUUAUUUUAAGGUCCAUGUCAAAAGAAAGACUGCCUGGAAAUUAGGAGUGGCCAAAGAGUCAGUGGACAGAAAAGACACAAACCCUCAAACUGUACAGAAAGGAUACUGGUUACUCAGGAUGUAUAGUGAUCAGUAUGAAACAUCAGAGGACCCUGUAUUUUUCCCUGUGAGUUCCUCUCCAGAGAAGGUGGGAGUGUUUGUGGAUUAUGAUGAAGGUCUGGUCUCCUUCUAUGAUGUGGAUGAAGAAUCUCUUAUUUACUCUUUCACUGAAUGUGGUUUCACGGAGAACAUUCUGCCACUGUUCAAUCCAUGUGACAAUGAUGAUGGUAAAAACUCUGCUCCUCUGGUCCUUUCCCCCAUUAACAGUUCUGCAGAAUAAAGAUUAUUUAUUAUCAAGAAAGUUUGAGUUUAUAUUUAGUAUAGUUGAUGUUUCUGCACAAACUGGAUUCAAUGUGCCCAAAGACAGAGGUCAGCUGACUUCCUGAAUAUAUUAAAGGACCAGGUUACUCCAUCAUUUCUUCACUGGUUCCGGAAUAACCCCCUCUCACCACUGUAAGCCCGUGUAUCACAUCAUCAACAUCAACAUUUAUAGUUUUCUCUGUGUUCGUUUUCCUCCCGUUACGCAGCAGGCAAUUGUCUAUCCCACACGCUCCUCAUCCAACAGCAGACCCACUGCUUUCUCUCACUCGCACCUGUUUGUCCCAGCAGUCCGCUCCCACGCCUCUCACCUGAGGUAUGAGUGUCCACAGCUGCUCUCGCUGACCGCUCACAUUCUUGUCUCACGGGUGUCUACUGCAUUUGGUCCCACACAGGUGGAUGUCUGGAGAUUAUGGAAUACAUUUAUGGUCAGAUAAAUGUUUCUGAUGUUAGUGCUUUGUGCACAGACAUGGAUUAAACCAUUAACAUAUGGUUAGGGUGACUGCAUUUGCCUCGCACAAGUGACUGAUCUGCGCCAUGAACACAGAGCAGGAUGUGCAGGUCUGUACAGAGCAGUACUUUUAUUUGUUUCUUGAACCGCUGUACAAAACUCCACUGACCGCUGUUGCCAAGAGAGCACCACGUACGAGGACCAGCAUUAGGACCACAGACAGGGUUAGAAAACACACUUCAGGACAUCAGUGUAAACAGCCUCAUGUGGGCAAGCAGCUUUUUUACAGAUCCAGUUCAAACCAAACUAUAGAGCAGUGCUGAGCUGACACAGGGAGCGGACAAGGGGCUGUGCUCUACUGCGGGAGGGCAUCUGGGCAGUGCACAAACGUGUUAUGAAUGUUAAGCAUUUAUCAUUCUAAUAUAUUCCAAAAUAAAAGAAGCUUUGAGCAUGUAACACGUUGAUUUUCAAUGGACUAGAUAUUUAAUUUUACGAUUCUGGCACUUCACUGAACGUGCCACACCACGCCCUCAGUCUGCUCCACUCCACCCCACCUGAUAUUCAGACACUGCACACCUCAUGUUUAGAACUCCACGCCCCACAGUUGCGCUAGUGCUAAGAUCAGGGGCAAGAUCGGGCCCCUGUAGUGUCAUCUGCAGGUACUUUAAAGGGCCCAUAUUGUGCUAUUUUCUGAUCUCUGUUAUAAUGCUGUUACCUCUUCAAAAACCUUUCAAAAGUUGUUUUGUUUCAUUCACACAUAUUUAGGCUGAGUUCUUGUCUCCAAAAGAAAAGUGUUACUCAAAUGUGUGGAUGACACAAUACACAACUCCAGGUAAGUUUUUGAGGAGAUUUUUGACAGCCUUAACCCCCAAAUCUACUGACAGAAAAAUCUGAUCCUGUAGUGUGUUAAGGCAGUCGGCUUACUUCAUUCUCUGGGCACAGAACGUUCAAGUUACCAAAUUAAUUCUCUGUCAAAGUUUUGUCAUUUAGUCUGUGAAAUUGCUGAUUUUCUCUCUCAAAUAGUGUACCUUUUGUAAAAAAAAAAAAAAAAAACAGAACUAUGAUGGUUUAUGUUAACUCUUUAAUUUUUACAUUUUUAUUUAUGUCAGUUCAUGCUGCGUUCAGACCAAAAAGGAGUAGGGCGUCUAUGAACUAUACUCUUGUGUACAAAGAAGAGGAUUUUUAUCGUGGACUUCCUUUGUCUCUCUUUUUAAGUUGUAAUUACAUGAUAAAUACAGGAAAAGGAAGCUAAGAAUAUCAUGUAAACACUUAAUUUAUGAUUUUCUCACUGAUUUAUUUGUGUCACAAUCUGUUAUGGUGCAGAGAUAAUAAAUGAUAUGGAGUAA